CGAACGAACCAACGAACGAACGAACGAACGAACGAAUGAGCGAGCCUGCCGAAAAGUAGAAAAAAAAAGGGAAAUACCCACCAGCCCUCUCUCUACCCUCCUCCCCCUACCCACCCCCCCGGCAAACAAAUAAAAACGUCGAAGAGUAGAGAACGACGACGAGGGGUUGGACGCGAUUGUUGUUGCGUCGUAGUAACGAUCGAUUCGUAAUUCGUGAUCGAUUUACCACGAACGAGUUGACAAAUAAAUGUUGACGUUAACGAACAAGGCAAGGUUAGCCGGUGCGAUCGUGCGAGGCACCCCCAUACGCAAAAAUCAAAGCAAUUCUUUCUAUUUUCUGAUAUUACUCGAGAUGCCGAUUUCUUUAAGAAAUCAUAGAAUCACGUAAGAGAAACCGAAAGAUAGGAGAGAGAGAGAGAGAACAAAAAUAUCCUUAUUCCUCUCCUUUCGCUCGUAUAGAAAAAAGAAAGAGAAAGAAAGAAAGAAAGAAAGGAGGAGUAGGAAGAGGAAUAGUAGAAGGAGGAGGGAAAGGUGGUGGAGGAGGAGGAGGAAGAAGAAAGAUCUUCGAUUUGUGAGAAUCGCUGUUAGGGAGAGGGGAAAAGAUAUAGAGAGAGAAAGAGAAAGAAGAACGGCCAAAUCGCCGACGCCUUCGACGUUCGGCCAACAGAUGCUCCAAAAAACGCGAGCCUAAAGGAUGGAGGCCAGUGAAUGGGAUCACGCGACCUUGAGGGAGGAGGAAUUCGAACAACAUGCCGUAUACUUGGUGCCGGAUGUUACGGCAUCGCCUAGCGAUACCAAUCGAGCGGAAGCUUCCUUGCCGAGGAACCUCGUACUCAAGCCCUCUCAAGCCCUCAACGAUGUACGUUCAUCCACGAAAGAAUCCUUUCUCGAGACCUCCUCGAUGUUGGGUGUAUGGAGUACAAGUUACAUCCCAAAGGGCACGCGUUUUGGACCACUGGUGGGCCAGGUUUAUACCAAGGAUUCGGUGCCCGCUGACGCGAACAGAAAAUACUUUUGGAGGGUAUACAAGAACAACGAGUUGUUCUACUACAUCGAUGGUUACGACGUUCAAAAGUCGAAUUGGAUGCGUUACGUAAACCCAGCUUACUCGUCCGAAUCGCAAAAUCUAAUAGCGUGUCAAUAUAAGAUGAACAUUUAUUUUUACACGAUCAAGCCAAUACUACCGAAUCAAGAAUUAUUAGUGUGGUAUUGUAGAGAGUUCGCGGAACGACUUAAUUAUCCGUUAACGGGUGAAUUGAUGCUACAAAGAAUACGUCAACAAGUACAGCAAUCGGCAUUACCAACGGAAAUUUCGGCCAGCGUAGAAGUGGUAUCACCGUUAAAGGAUUCGUCGAUUUACGAGAGACGUUCGCAAAUGACGCCAACGGACGGUUCCGUGAGGUCUGACGAAGGUUACCAUUCGAACGGUUACCACGACGAGAUCUUGACCCCGCCUGAGGAGAGCAGCGAGUCCGAUUCGGAGAACAACUACGUUCUCGACUUCAGCAAGAACUCAAAGUCCUCCGUGUGCAGCAACGAACCGUUAAAGCCAGACAACGUAGCCGCUAAGAACGAAUACAGAAAGGUAAAGAUCAAGAUAACGAAGACGUACGGUAACUUUCAAGCCGGUACGAAGAACAAUUUGGAUGGUACAGCGAAGGAGAAAAAUCCAGAGAUCGCGAGCAGAGCGAUGAGCCCGGAGAUACAAAAGUCAGUGUCGCCUGUGAUGCUUCAAAAAACAACCCUCCUGUCGAUGGUAAGCGAGGACGAGACGGACAAAAAUUCUAAACCGUUUUAUGAGCAAGAGGUUAAAGUUAACGUACCUGCAACCGCGAGACCAGCCUACAUAACGAGUCCUAGCAGUUCCAUCCUCGAGAAUAUUCUAUUACGAAGUACCACGGACAAUAAUAAUAAUAAUAACAACAAUAAUAAUCAUCAUCAUCAUCUUCAUCAUCAGCAUCAGCAUCAACAACAACAUCAACAGCAUCAGCAUCAUCAACAGAGCCAUCAUCAAAGUCACACGGCAGAUUCGGUGACGCCACCACCCUCGAGCCCUACGGAGAUGGCUUAUUCUUACAAAAAGUCGCAUCGUUACGGUAAUAUCUUACCGUGCAGUCCAGACUCCAGUUCGAAUUUGCCGAUGCAGACUGAAUCCUGCGUAAACUCGACUACCAGUAACCACGGUCCCGUACCAAUUCCAAGUCCAACCGGUGGACUUCACUCGAGCACGGGUAAUCUUCAUUCUAGUACGGGAACGAGCAACGGAAAUGCAACGAGUCAUAUUGGGAAUGUGCACUCGUCUAGCAGCCCAGGCGUUAACGCACAUUCGAAUAGCGGCGUGCUUUCCUCGAGUACGAUCUUGACAUCGUCCUCGAAUGUUGCAAGCUCCUCCUGUCUUCCAAAGCGAAAAACGAAGAGCCCGUCUCCGGCAAAUUCUCCACCAUUGUGUCCCUCCUCGACACCGACGGUUUUAUAUUCGACCAAUUCCGGAGGUUGUCAAAUAGAGUCGAGUUCGGUCUAUUCAAAUUCGGCUGGUGGUAAUAAUGUCGGUGGUGGUGGUGGUAGUGGUAGUGGUGGUGGUGGUGGUGGUAGUGGCGGCGGUAGUAGUGUUGUGAGUGGUGGUUGUGGUAAUGGUGUCGUUGGUAGUGUCGGUGCUUGUGGUAAUGGUGGUGGUGGUGGUAAUAGCAGUGGUGGUGUCGGUAGUGCCGGCAACAAUCAUCAAAACUCAGUUUCACCGAUAUCACCGAUCCAAUCACCUUCUUCCUAUUCGUACGGUCUUUAUCAUCAGAAUGGAACGCUUCAUCACAACGCGACCCCUUUGUCGAUCAACUGUACGGUUUAUUCUCCAACCCCGAGCACGGGUAGCAAUGGCAAUCUCGUGUACGGCGAAAGAACGUCGGACGGUAGACGUCUGGAUGUUCCGAGCAGCAGCCAUCAACUUCCCACCUCGUCGACGACUAUGCAAAUCGACGGGAGUCAAGCUGGCCUGAUCGCAGGAACGCACAAUCUUCACCUCGGGCAUCAUCCUGGACUGACUAUUCACGCGAAUUCCUCUUCAUCCGGGGCCCUAAAUCACAGAUACUCGCCGGCGAGUUCUCUCUCCCCGGACGAUCAUGGUUGCUCGCAGAGUGGCUCGCUCAGCCCUAACUCUCAGGGAUCGAGGGGUUACAGGUCGUUGCCUUAUCCGCUUAAGAAAAAGGACGGGAAGAUGCACUACGAGUGCAAUGUCUGCUGUAAGACCUUCGGACAGUUGUCGAAUCUUAAAGUUCAUCUGAGAACGCACUCCGGCGAGAGACCGUUCAAGUGCAACGUCUGCACCAAAAGCUUCACGCAACUGGCGCAUCUGCAAAAACAUCACCUCGUGCAUACCGGCGAAAAACCUCAUCAGUGCGAGAUCUGCAAGAAGAGGUUCAGUUCUACCUCGAAUCUAAAGACUCAUCUCAGAUUACACUCCGGCCAAAAGCCCUACGCUUGUGACCUAUGUCCCGCGAAAUUCACCCAAUUCGUUCAUUUGAAAUUACACAAGAGACUACACACGAACGAGAGGCCUUACACCUGCCAAGGCUGCGACAAAAAAUAUAUCAGUGCGAGUGGCUUGAGAACUCAUUGGAAAACGACCAGUUGCAGGCCGAACAGUAUCGAGGAUGAACUCGCUUUAGCAGCUGCCGUUGGCUCGCCAACUUAUUACGAAUAUGGUCCUGACAUGAAUGUUGGAACCAUGCCGAAGGAAUGCGAAUUGGAACACAUCGAAAACUAUGAAAGGCACGGGUCGACGCACGGGCCCCACACGACGUCUCUUCACAAUUUGGAGAACCCAGUGGCGAGGCCGAGCGUGAUAGAAACCUCCCAGCCACACAUAAUCGAAUGUACCUAAGGGACGGGGAGCAGACCCUUUUGCCCUGGCGCUAAAUUCAGCCGUGGAAACGUAAACGAGAUUCGGCUGACCGAGCUUGCUCCAGAGCAAUACCUUUAUCCCGAGUGGCAGUAAAGAUAAAUAUGAAAGAGUGAGAAAA